UUAGUUUAGUCGCCUCUAACCGGCCUUAAAGUAAAGUACGGGUCGCCGCCGAUCACCGUGCGCGUGCACGAGACAGAGUUAGAGCCACCGGUUUGUCGUACAGAUCGUGCCGAGAAUGAAAUUCUUUCUUUGCUUGGUCAAAUACAACAGCAACAGUAGUAUUUCUUUAUUGAAUAGUCUCGAUAAUAGAAAACGGCUAGAACGUUUAUGGCCGAACGACAGUAGUACCGGCGGCUGUAUCGCCUGAACGGAUAUAUAUUUUUCAUCACGACAUUUUUCCACGGUUAGUUUAUUUCAAUUACAAUACAACGUGGGAACGGGCGUCCGUGGAUGAAAGAAAGUGCGUUUUAGUGACGUGUAUCAACCCACUCGUUCGAGACCGAUCGAACAUAAUUUAGCCGCAUCAGAAUUGUAGAGAAAAUAGGCGGGACGCGCCUUUAUCCGCAUAUCGGUUCAGUUUCGAGCGCGAGAUUCGAACUCGUGUCAAAGUGUGCUCCACAGUGGAUACUAUUUCUCUUUUGGCUUACAACACGAAGUGGCUGACAGGCGAAAUGCCGGUGCCAGUUUGGGAUUGCUCUGACCUGGGCCUGUUGGACGAGCCCCUGGACACCGCCACCGUGGUGUCCGACGACAUAUGGAAGAAGUUCGAUUUGGACUUCCCCUUGGACCGAGUUGACGCCUACUCGGACAUCUACCACGAGCGUACCUUCGAUGACGGUGUCCUGCCGGACCUGCUGUACAACAAGAUGACCUGUCUGGCGUCACGCGAGAUUCGUCAUCACGAUUGCAUGUGGGCUGGACUGUGCAUAAGUAAAGAGCACAAUAGGACGUUACCCGCGAAAAAGGACUCGCUGAUACAAAAGAAGAUCCCGGCUGGACGAAGUCUUUUGAUAUCUCGUGCCAGUGCCGCUCAAACGGGGGGAACAUCUUUGCCAACGUGCCAGCAACAAGCCCAGCAAACGUGCCGCGCGAAAAAUCUGGAGAGCGACGGCGAUUCCACGAGGCCGGAAACACCUCAAACUUCGAGUUCCGACACGGAAACCGAAGAAGAGGCACCAUCUUUCAGACACGACCAGAUCAACCUACACGACCAGAUCAACCUAACCGAGAAACUCUAUGAGUGCAUGCCGGAGGUGGUUACAAAGGCUGUGCCAGUGAGCGAGGUCACCGGUCAACUGGCCAGGUUCCAUGACAGGAGAAAAGAAGACGAGAGUCAGUGUCAAGUGCACAGGGAAACCAAUAUCAGGAACACUCUCAGCGACCAUUGCUACCACAUCCAUCAGCCGGUCUCUAAGAACUUGGAACACCUCGGCGUGCAGACACCUUCUGAUUCUGAGGAGGAAGAGAUCGAUGUAGUGACAUUCGAGAAACCGUGCAGACCAGCAGCGUUACCGACCUACCCGAACUUCGUCGACCAGCAGCAUUUCCAAUUGACAGUGAACACCGCAUUUAAAAAGACACCGCGACCACGAGGUAGGCCUCCGUCGAAUCCGGCUAGGAAACGAACCGCGCAACCGGAACAGAAACCGGCUAAACGCGCGCGUCAAAGAACAUACACGAGGAGAAGCAACCCGGUACGAUGUAUGACAACACCCUCGCCUCCGAUGAAGAUGAACACAUCAGUCUCGUCGGCCUCGAGAAGUUCGUCGGAGGACGAGUUAGACACGGAGAAGCGAAGUUUGCACAACAACAUGGAACGACAAAGGCGGAUAGAACUGCGAAACGCUUUCGAGGAGUUACGCAUUCUCGUGCCAGCGAUCGAGUCGAAGGAGAAGGCACCGAAAGUCGCGAUCUUGAGGCAAGCGGGUAUGUACUGUGAUAUGCUGACCGAGCUUGACCAGAGCACCGUGGCCAAGGUGAUGGACCUUAGAAAACGACAGGAGAAGCUCCGAGCAAGACUCAGUCAACUACGAAGGAGUCUCGCCAUGACGCGUUGAGGGAGAGACUCGAACAUUCGUAUGAAAUAUCACCGAACGUGUUAAAAUCGCGUUCGGUCGGUUUCAGAAUUCAAUUUUUAAUCGACAGCUCCCAAUAACUGUCCCACUCGAUGUUUCGAGACGAGAUUUUGUGGAAAUGUCCGGCGGGAAGAUCGCCGCGGCACGAGGGAUGGCUUUAAACAGAGCGUGUUGAAGAUAUACAGGGAGAACGUGUAAGAACCUUGAUAUCCCAUAGAACAGAAACGCCAUGGUUACGGUUCUGUGGUGCACAGGACCGAGUAAAUACUACACUUACUUAGUGUUGACAGAAUUCAUCGAUUCGUUAAAGAACAAUUAUUUAGAUACCGAGUUUAGUUUGGUUCGAAGAGAAAAGGGUAGAACUGGCGCGAUCGGUGGAAGAAAUCGAAGAGGCUGACGAAGAAUUUUGAAGAAGUUUUAUAUACCAUGUAUAUUUGUGAUUUCAUCGAAUAACAAGCAAUGUUAAAGAUGAAGGGAUUAGAGCUGGAUCGCUUUUCGACGAGUUAACGAGGUAUCGGUAAAAGAUGCAGAACUGAGUUCAGCUAGAUAAAGGAAGAAGUGUAUCGACAAUAGAUUUCAAAUUUUUUCUUUACCGGUAUUUAGAGACGUACAAAGAAAGUUCGCGGUAAAAUGCACUGUGAGAGGAAAAGGAAAUCGUGAAAAUCGGUUCGAAUAAAGUCAGUUCUAUUUUUAUUGUUAAAAUUCUUGAUCAGUGUCAUCUUAUCGCGUAGAUUAUCGACGAUGACCGGUUCCGUCGAGCUUGGGAAUGGAAGUGUCGUAUAUAUUUUCGAGAAAAUGUAUUUGCAGCCAAUUGAAACGAUAUACAAAUCGUUCGAGGGGAUCAAGAACAAGAACGAAAUCGAUUUGUUAUUUUAUUACACAGCUUCCAUUUUUUUUUUUAUACUCGCUUUGAUUGCAUUCUAACAAACUUUUAUUGAAACACGUUGAAAUUAAUUCAAGAAAAAACAAGACUAAGUUUAAGACGGUGGUUAUAAUAAUAAACCUGAAUAGUUUUAUUUGAUUCGAAUCGUUCGAUCUCAGACCUGCUUGAAUAUCGUUGGCAAAGUGAAACUUAUGCAUAGAUAAGAGGAAACGGGUCUUAUCAUAACGUUAUCUAACAUUAGUAUCGCCAGCUACCAACUAAAACUAGUCUUAGGAUGUGUAUCAAAGCUGAACCGGUUUAUAAGUACAUUUUUCUUUCAGAAAAGGAAAAAGGUGAAAGAAAAGAAGAGAGGAAAGGCGUGCAUACAGAUUUCGAUCGUCAAUGGGGUGGUUCUUUUUCCAAAACUUGUACCAGUAAUUACCGGUAGAAAGAAAGUUGUUUCGGUUUUAGAUCGAAUCAUUGGACUGGAAGAGUUGGCCCCGUAUUCUGGUCGAACAGGUUACUGUUCUCGUUGCGGUUACAACAAUAUGCUUUUCCAUGACGAACCAGUAAAUUGAAAAAAAAAAAAAAAAAGUUUUGGAAAUUGAAUUCACAAAUAUUAUGUAACUCUUGCAAUUCUUACAGCACUUUAUCAUAUUCGAAACUUCCAAAGGUUGUAGACGUUUUAAGAUUCAAAAGUAGAGCUUUUAUUUUUUGCUCCCUAUUCGAGAAAUAAGAAAAUUAAUUCUUUCUUUUUAUUUUCGAUUCAUUGAAUCGAGCAAUUCAAUGUUUGAUAGCGAACAUUAACAAGCUACGGUGAAGCAACAAUAUCCAUUCUCAAAUCUCUCCUUUAUUGACUUCCAUUGUUCUCUCCAUUGAAAUCUAGCGUUGUAGUUACUAGUAAUUGUUUAUCGAUUGAUUGAUGAUCGCUGUGCGAUCUGUACGUUCUGACGUGUUACACAUCUUCGAUAGAAUGCAUCGAUGCAUCCGGUACUGAUUAUUUUCUGGAAACCUUGGUAUAUGUAUAGUCGUGGCAACGAUAUAGGUGAGUAUACCUGGGUUCAGAAACAUAGAGCAGAUGAUAAUCUCAUUAAAAUGAUCAAAUAACUACGCUUAACCCUUCUUUGAAUAGAUGGUUUUCUAAGACCAUUAUUUCGUUUAAGUGUAGCGCAGCUAGAAAUUUCGCCAUUACUGCCAAGAUAUCCACAAUUAUUUCAAUUCCAUACAAUUUUGUAAGUCGAUGUUCAUUUUUGACUUCCCUAUAUCGUAGCCACGACUGUGCACCAAAUAGCGCAGUAGUCAUAAACGCAUAGGUAGAAACAAUUUGCAUUUAGUACACAAAUAUACACGUCCAGAAAUUUGGUCGCGAAUGUUUGGAUCUUCCUCCCGCUCAGUCCCUUUUUUUUUUUUAGAUCGUUUCGAUAGACAAUUUAAAGUCAAAGUUCUUUCGUCUGUCUUCUUCCUAGUUCUUCAUUCUGAGGUGCGACAAACUGAAUGACAUGUCAUUAGAAAGCUAGUUUUCGCCCUUUAACGAGCGCCUCCGUUCCCUUCCUUUUACUUAAUUCUUAUUUUUUAAUUUGUUUUUCUCUCUCUUUUUUUAAUGGGUGCAAUAAGGUAAGGUGGUAUGAAAAAGCCUUCGUAACGGACCAUUAAUUUUGUUAUUGGAUGUACGUAGUUAGAAACAAAAGGAAGGCAAUGGAGCGGUGAAUUAUCGAGUAGGAGUAGGAUCGAACGAUUUUUUUUUACCAGUUAAGAUCGAUCCGAUUCCCGCGCUCGUUUUUUAGUUUUUUCUUUUUUUUUUCUCUCUCGUUAAGAAAGCUUUGAAUUCAUAGAUUAAAGGCGUAGAUCUCGUAAUUUUUUCAAGGAGAUAGGAUUUAUCCUCGGUUAUCUUCCUGGUAGUUUGUUCGUUAUGUACGAUAACGAUUGUGAGUCGACGAACGGUAACGCGGUUUUUUUUUUCUGAGAGAAAAAACCACAUUUUUUUCGUAAGGUCUACAGAGGCCUGGCUACGCUUUUAGACACGUGUAAGUAAUGUGUGUAUAUACACGUUAUUUAUACACACACACAUAUAUAUAUUGAAAAUUAUAUACACAAACAUACGCAUGAAUCUGUGAGAGUAUGAGGUGAGAGAAAGGGAAAGUAUGAAAAGAUAAUAACGCUACUAAUUACUGACCUUUAGCAUUAUUACUACUAUUAUGAUUACGAUUACACUUAUUAUUAUUGAUUAUUAUUAAUAUUUCUCAUUAUCACCAUUAUUAUAUGUAUUUUUAUUGUUACAAAUUUCUUAGCAUUUCAUUGCUACGAUAUAACGGAUUCUUAGUAAACUUUAACACGACGGAACUGAUCGUUCGCGUAUGGACGAACGAUUACGAACGCGAUUAUAUAUUCAUAUAUAAACGGUUUAAAAGAUCGAUAAAAGAUAGGGAUUAUAUUAUAUUAUAUUAUGAUAAAAACAAAAAUAUAUAUAUAUAUAUAUAUAUAAAUAUGUCUAUGUAUAUUUGUAAUACGAUAGAGAAGAGACAGACGCGCAUGUGAAAAACGUCGUCGUCGCAGCCGAUCGUAGAAAGAAAGAAAGAAAGAAAAUGAAAAAUCUGAUUUGUCGAAGACGCGAAAGGAGAUGUUGCGGGUGCCCUCGCGAAAGGAAAUAAAAGGCAAAAUAAUGUGUUCAUUACAUUUGUAGGUAACAGUAUUCGUUUAUAUACACACUUUUUACGGGCUAUUGAAAGAAACAGAAAAAUAAAAAAAAGUAAAAAGAAUAGAAAUUAGAAGGUACGACCUUCUGGGUGACAAGCUAUUUAAUACACAGACACACGCGUUAAAUAUAUAUAUAUAUACAUAUAUUAUAAAUACACAUACACACGAACUAUAGAGAUAUGUAAAUCGCAUUAAGGUACACUCGCAUAUGUAUGACGCAUGAGAGCUGAACGUAUAUCGAGAGGGGUGAUAGAGAAAAGAAUGCAUGCUCGACGGUGCUAGACGAAAAUUAAAGAGGGAUUGGAAAGUUGCACAGGGGAGAAAAGAGUAGAUUGUGCAGCACGAGAUGCAAAGGAGCAAAGAGAUUGGACUGGGAAUCGGUUACGGGAUCGAAAGCAGCAAUGCACGUGCAUCCAGAAAUAAUGUCUCGAUGUAUUUGUCGUUCCUUGCCGUCGUAUAAUACACAUAUGUAUGCGUUAUAUACAGGGUGUCCCAUAAACUUAAACUAUUUCAAAGUAAAUAAAAAAAGUUAUAUACCACUUGUCAAUCUGCUGCUUCGAUUUCGAGAUACACGCGAUUAAAAAUUGAGGGUAUAGUUAGCCGCAGAAAUAUAGCAAAUAUUUAAUAUUUGGAAUAUUUUGAAUGAUUUUUUUCUAUUUAUUUUGACCGGGAAUUUCUGCAGUCUUCAAGCUCUGUAUAAUCUUUUUUUAGGACACCCUGUAUAUUACACACGUGCACCACACAUAUACACGCAGAAAAUGGACAAAUUGCAUACAAUAUACGCGCUUGUACGGAUACAAAUUAAUUAAAGACUAAAUCGACGACACGACGAAACCUGAAUCGCAACACAAGUGCUUCAAAUUUAUAUAAGUACAUACGUAUAAUCGCAGUAGUAAUGCAGUUCGGAACACGGGUGGAAUACAUUUUCGGGUAGUAGAAGGAGGAAGGGGGUGGAUUCAAAGCGGGAACGUUGAGAAGUUCGUUCGAAGGGUAGUCGAGAAGGGCCUUGACAGAAAGUUUCUUCUUUAAUUCGUCCUUAAUUGGUCGAAUCACGAUGUAAUAUCUUUUGAUCGUACACAGAGAGAGAGAGAAGGGUCCUUAUCGUACCUUUUCAAACGCGAACCUUCGAAACAAGUAUCCGCGAUAAGAAUGUCGAAGUUAACGUCCGUUUUAUCGAAAUUAUUCAAAGACCGCGAAACAACCUGGAAUCCAUUUAAAAAACGUAAAAAUUUCGAAACAGCUCAGCCUGUAUGCGCUUUAAAUUAUAAAUAGACAUAUAGAAGGUUUAUUAAUUAUUAAAAAAAAAAAAGUAUCAUUAAGCGAAAUAUUCGAAUACCAAAUGAUGCACAAAUACCUUGAAAAAGAAUGAACCAGAAAAGGAAUGUUUCGACGUUCUUACAUCCGCGAUUUUCUAGACGUAGUUCUUGUUAUAUUUUUGACAGAUUUUUUAUACAUUUAACCCUUGCAAUUGAUAGAGGAUAUUGAAAAAGAGUGCGAUUCUAGGAGCUAUUGUUACUCACAGGAGAAAGCAAAACGAGUGCGCGUAUGUUUAACGAAUCCAUAUAAUAUUUAACAAAAAAAAAAAAAAAAAGAAACGAAACACUGAAAUGAAACGAAAAGACUAAAGGUAAAAAAAAGAGAGAAAUGUUUUUUAUAAGACGAAGAAACUCGCAUUUUCGACGCAUCAGGUUUACUUAAGAAAAUAAAAACCAACAUGUACUGUUCACAUACUCAGGAAACUAAGUGGCGCCUUAAUUUUUAACUUUAAAUUCGGUCUCGGUGUAUACCUUCUCGCGUACGAUAUCUGUAUUUUAUUCUGUACAUAAGAAAAACAAUGAUAAAAAGAGAGAUAGAGUAAAUAUAAACGUUUCUCUUCCUCUUCGCGAUAACAUUCUAUCGCAGGGACUCGCGUUGUACAUUAAUUUUUCUUUUUUUUUUUAAUUUCGUUCCAACGCGCGAGUCGCUGCCGAUCGAUUGAGAAAAUAAAUGAAAAAUUAAAAAAAAAAAAUAUAUCGACCACGUUUCAAAGUUCUUCCGUGUUUUUAAUGACGAAAGAAAAAAACUCGACGAUAUAUAUAUAUUAAUAUAUAAUAAUACAUACCUCGCAAUAGAUUUCGCCUUCUUGAAAUGGUAGUCUUCUGUUUACGCUAAAUAAUAAUAACAUAGUAAACCUCGUUUAACCGUUCUUUCUAUUAUGUUUUUUUUUCCUUUUCUUUUUGUUCACUCGCUCGUGUGUCCGACCUGUGAGUUCUCUGUAUCGUGCCAAAUCAAGAGAGAAGGAAAGAUAGGUCGAGAGAAAGAGUGAGGAACCAUAGUUACGGAUUUAUCCGAGCGUUAUUUAGUCGAAUUUAGUCUAUGAUAGUAGAAUUUCAAUUUAUGAUAGUAGAAAUUCUAUGAUAGUAGUUUUCGAAUAGAAAUUCGUUUUUCUUUUAUUUAUCUUUAUUAGUUCAAAAAGGACACCCUCUAUGGGGGAUGAUUCUUUUUGAAUAAGCAUUUGUUUUCUUCUUCUCUUUUCCUUACUCUUUUAUUCUUUAUUUUUCUCACUGUUUUUUUCUUUUUUCUUUUUAUUUUUCCUUUCGAUUGACUGGAAUGUGUUUAGGCCUUCUCUCGACAAAGACAUUUCUUCGAAAAUUGCUCAGAGAAUAACCUUGAUUGACGGAUCGCAGGAACGUAUCCUCUUUUCUUAUUCCUUUUUUGUUGUUGUUUCUGAUUGUUUUUGCUAGAUAAUUUUCACCUGGUACGUCCACGCAACGCUAUUUUAUCCUAGGAAUUCUCGUCUGGAACGAUAGCCUGCAAGGUACGCGUUAAUUUGAGGCUUUCGGAACGGGGAAUCAAUUUUCCCUCGUUCCCCCCUUUUUUCUUAUAUAUAUAUGUAUAUGUAAGUAGUAUAUUAAAAAGAAUAUAUAUUAUAUGCAAUUUUUGUGAUUUUGCAUAAAGGAUAUUUGCGCGUGCACGCGUGCGGUCGGGAUUUAUCGUUGCGAAGCAUUGGGGGCGAAUUUUUAUGCGAAUUUUCGACAGCGUGCGAGGACAACUAGGGGUAGCUUUAACUCUUAAGCAUAAUAUUAAAUGUUUCUCGUCAGACUCCUACAUAUCGUUUUUGGUUUUUUAACGAACCUGUUUUUAGAAACAGAAAAUAAAGAAAACGGGCUGUAAGCGAGAAGAGAAAUGUAUGAAAAUGAUGAAAAGGGGGGGGGGUGAGAUGUGACGAAGUUACGUUUUUACUGGUUGUUAAAUAUUUUAAGAGAGACAAAUUUUGUUGUACACCAAAAGCGUUAGAGGAGAAAAAUUCUACACGUUCCUACGAUCCAUCAACGGUUCUGAAGAGUGUAAACGUACCUGCUAGCGACAUAGACAUUAAAUAUAAUAAUCAUAGUUACUGUGUAAAGAACAUAGAGGCGGUUUAAAGAA